UUUAGGCGUGAGGCGUACUCACUGCUGGCCAGCUCGACGGGAAAUAUGACUGUGAGUAUGCCCUGGCAAGCCCGUACAAGGCAGUGCAGUAUGAAGACAUAUAACAAGUAGUAGCUGGCCGGGUUGAAAGAGGGGGCGAAGACACACGCUCGAGAAGAGCCGCACCAGGGGUGAUAGCGCGCAGGAAAGCUGCGCGAGCGGAGAAUCGUCAACCAAGAGACGGAAAGGCAUCCGCACUAAAAGCAGAGGAGGCGGGCAAUUCAUAUGGAUGAUGGGAAGCCUACCUACCUUAAGUUCGUUCGGACUUCUUCAGGUAGAUGCUGUUGCUGUUUUCUUCCCUCCUGUCCAAUCCUCCCUCCUUUCUUCCACAAUUGCACAAAUCAAAGAAAACACUCUCUAUUUCACAUACAUGUUUCAAACGCUUGCAAUUCAAUAGCUUGAAAGCCUUACGCUUGGGACCAAGUGUUUCUAUCGAUGACUUUGCUACUGAGGCUUUCAAGUCUAUACUCCCCGGACACUGUGGAAAACCGGCUACCGACCCUCGGAACGAUCAGCUUGGGCCACUCGGCGGGUGCUGCCGCAGCCGACACCCUGAGUAACUGUACGCCUUUCUUCGAUCCAUUGUUAGGUUCUCUUUCAAACUCGUCGGAGGUCUACCUUGCCCAUGCCCAAUUGACUUCAGCCGGCAUUUCGAUAUUGCAAACGCCUUUCGAUCAAAUCGGGUUUCCCUUCAAACAGUAUACAUGCUCUCAGUGGCUAGUCCUUGAACACGACGAUUCUAGGCUUCGCCAUGGUUUUCUCAACUUCCUUGUGGCCUGUGGCACUGGUCUGUACCUUCUCAAGCCUGUCGCUGCCGCUCUGCUCGCCGAGUGGGCGCCGGCAAACCCCUGUUACAGCCAGAGUCGAAGGCCCCUGAUCAGCGAAAAAGGGUCCAUCACUUGGUUCCCAUUCAAGACUAUCCUCGAACGUCCGCCAAUUCCUCAACUACUUCGAGAGUGGAUCACCAGCAUCGGGGACCGCCUUGUGCAGAUUGGGGCGCGGCGACGAAUACAAGGGAACAACACAGCACGCGGCGGCAGCGGUACUGUGGGAACCUCAAAGGGCGUUGGAACGAAGCAGCGGGGGAAAAGAGACUCCAGGCCCGGCGGGAGUUCUCCUCCCAGCGAUACCGGCCACACGAAGAACGAUCGAGGCGGGAAACGCCCACGUAUCGAUGUCGAAGCCAAGAAAAAAGGCACACAGAAAGGGAAGCCUUUCGCGUGCCACUUUUACGCACAUAACCCUCUCGCCCACGUCAACUGCCAGCACUACCAAUUCGAGUACGUGAAGGAUGUCAAAAGACAUCUCACGGAACCCGGUAGAGGCGAUCAUCGUCAACCCAUCCAUUGUGUCAUUUGUUACACCACAUUCGAGACGCAUCAAGAUCACGUGGCACACACGAGAGCCCAAACAUGCAGUCCUGGCCACUGUGGGUUUGAUGAAUAUCGUCUUGAUCAAGAUAAAAUAUCCGCGAUCACAUUGUUGAGGAAGUCCCGCAACGAGGAGGAGUCCGAAUUUUGGUUUAAUAUUUGGGACGUUGUCUUUCCGGAUGAGCCGAGACCCGUUUCUCCUUACUCGGGCGACGUCGAAGAACUUGCAAUAAGACAAAGGGUCGAACCCAGAAUGGCUGAGAGAAUGCGACAAGUUGGCCAACGCUAUGGAUGGAGUUCCCAACUCCUCGAAGAGGUCAUAGGUGAGUUGAGCAGCAGCUGGGCCCCAGGCCCGGCGGAGUCGCUACCUCCAGUUGAGCGCCGCAGCUCUUCACACACUCACCCCGGCGCCCAGGGGCAAUCGCUUAACACUACAUCGCAACCCCCGACUUCCGCUUCUAAUGGUCCCGCAACCGGCAAUCAGGGUUUACCCGUCGACCUCUCCAUCGCGUUGGCACCACACGCUGAUAACCUGAUUCCGCAGCCUGUAACUCCCAUUGCCAGUCAGACCGACUGGUCAUCAGACACAAUUAAUCCCUCGAUGUUGUUUCUCAACAAUAAUUACUCCAUGUUCGACAACGCAGACACAGGGCAGAAUCAACUGGCUUAUACCCCGUCAGGGCUCGAGUUCAAUACUCAUCCUCAAAGAACCAACCAUCAAGGGAACAUCACGUACCCAAUAGCUUCAAAUUUCAACACGCUUUACAACGAAACGCAGCUAGGCCAUCAAACAACAAGCAAUUUUCCUCCGGCACGACCUUGUCAAUGUCGCGGUUUAGGAAAGUCGAACGCAUGUCCUUUGCAUCCAUAGCUCGGUCGUUUGCACCUAUCCCUUUCCCCUGUUUUUUUCUCUUCUCGGUAUGAACUGUGCUGGAUCUGGUUACGUUGAUAUUAGGGCGGUGGUGCACAUGGCGUUAUACCUGAAUCAGCCUGUUUAGGAACCUGGAAAGUUUCUUUUCCGAGCCUCCGCUGGAAAUUAUCUUCGAAUGCUGGUAUGAAAUACCUUAUAAAUAGAUGGCAUGGAACGAUGCAAUCCCGCAGGCCAUUUGAUGCAUACAUAUUGAUCAUGAAGCACUCAUUGUAUUAGUGGCUGAAACGUCUCAGGGCUACGGCCGGCUUUCUCUAUCCUGGACAUGCCUCGCUAGAACGUCUUUACCGCUCUGAACUCCAGUCUCAGCUUGGGAACGUACUCUUACCACCGUGUUUCUCGGAGCAACCAACUUCAAGCCUGAACAUGUAUGCAG